UUUUGUUUCUCCGACAUGCUAAAAGUUGAUUUAAUGUCAAUAUUGCAGGAUGAAACAUCUAUAAUUUGGAUUUCUAGUGGUGGUGAAAGAAGUUUAAAGUUAGCUUCGGUUUCAAGAAUUAUCCCUGGACAGAGAACUGCUGUUUUUCAACGAUAUCUGUGUCCUGAAAAGGACUAUUUAUCCUUCUCCCUCAUAUACAACAAUGGGAAAAGAUCCCUUGAUCUGAUCUGCAAAGACAAAGUUGAGGCAGAGAUCUGGAUAGCUGGCCUCAAGGCUUUAAUAUCAUUGGGACAAGCUGGACGCUCAAAAAUUGAUGGAUGGAAUGAUGGAGGGCUCUGUUUUGAUGUAAGUCUUGCAACCUUGCAUUAUCUAUCGGCUAUCAUGGAGUUUAUGCUUUCUUUUGGGAUCAUAUAUUGAAAAAAGAUGCUGUAAUUUUCUUGAUUAGAUAAUCAGGUUGGUUAUAAGGGUCAGGUUUGCCAAUUUUUUUGUUUUGCUUUCACACAAGUGAUUUACAGUCUUACAGCAUUAAAACUUGGAGAUGAGUAAUAUUUUGAUUUCCUUACGAUAUCAUUUAGUGAAAAUUGUGUUGUCCAUUUUAGGUUGAG